AUGAGCAUCGCCCACAAUCGGGUGGGAAGAGGCCCACGACGGUGGAUUGCCUCAGCAUAUCUCAUAAACGAAGUAAAGACACUGGGAAAAAUCAAGGACAUCUUCGCUGAAGAGUUCCAGCGUGAGUUGGAACACGAAGAAGAUGACCCCCACCUGGGCCAACCAAUCGUGGACAAAUGGAUGCCAGAAGGGAAAGGAAACAGUCCCGUGAGCGAACGUUACGUCGGCGGGCGCAACAGCCCAACCCCGGCGAGGGGCAACGGCAACUGGCCCUGGAGGAACUACAGGCAUUCGAAGCAGAAGAAGCGACAAUGUUCAAGUAUGAGCUAUGUGGAAACGUACAUUUUCGGCGAACUCACCCCGACCCAAUUCUACGAAAAGGUCAAAGAGGGCCCGGUAAAGGGGAGGACGGCGAUAAAGGCACUUAAAGACCCGAUCAUAGAGGAGGAGACGGAUGAUCCCGAACGUAUACUCAACAUCGUCUACGAUAACUGGAGCGAACUGUGGAAAAGCCGACACUCAGACGAUAGAGCGAGGAGAGAGGUGCGAGAAGCUUUACGGAAGGCGCAGUUAGGUCGUGCGCCCGGCCCCGACGGGCUUCCUAUUGACCUGUACAAGCGUAUUGCCAAAGGCUGGUAUGGAAUGAUCAAGAUCUUAUCGUGGGUACUCAACGCGUUGCGGGACUUACGGCGUUUACCUGUGGAUAUGAAGCGGGGAUGCCUAAUACUCCUCUACAAGAAGGGUGACCCUACGGAGGUAACCAACUACCGACCAAUCACGGUGAUGGGCACUGAUUACAAGCUGUUCACUCCCGUCCUGGCGACCCGGCUGGGAAAUAUACUCGGACGACUAAUCGGGCCGGCCCAAACAGCCGACAUUCGAGAACGGUACAUUGGAGACAGCGUCAAACUGGUCCAAACAAUUAUUGAUAAGGAUGACGCGGAUGGAGAAGAGUUGACCAUUCUCUUUCUGGACCAAGAGAAGGGUUUCGACCGGGUCAGCCACGACUACAUGUGGGAAUGUUUAAAGGAACUCCGCCUCCCAAGGUUGUUCAUCAAGUUGACCAAGGAACUCUACCGGGGGGCAGUGACUGUACCCUGGGUCAACGGCCACGAAGGUAGAGGCAUUGCCAUGCGCGGGGGAUUCAGCGGAGACGAAAGAAUACAAGGCAUCCCGAUGACGAUUGGAUUACCUGCAACAAACGCGGCCUACGCCGACGAUUUGGCCAUCUUCGUCAACCAUGUCUCAGGAUUCAUUCGUCGACCACACGGUUGCCUUCUGGCGUUGGUCGGAGUAUUUUUCGCAUAUGGCGGGGCUCCAUUGUGCCUCUCUCGAUGGGUCUCACUGUUGUGUCGGAGCCUGAUCAAGUAA